UCCGAAGCAGCCGGGUGGCAUUCUCUUCGGGUGGGGCGGGGAGGGCCCUGCAUUUUGGGGGAGUGGGGGGUGGGCGGGGAGAAGGGCCCGGAGGGGGAAAGGACUCCGCGAAGGAGUCGGGAAGAGACUAUGGGGAAGGACCAGGAGCUGCUGGAAGCGGCUCGCACGGGCAACGUGGCUCUGGUGGAGAAACUCCUGUCUGGCAGGAAAGGAGGGAUCCUGGGCGGUGGAUCCGGACCCCUGCCCCUGUCGAAUCUGCUCAGCAUCUGGCGAGGCCCCAAUGUGAACUGCACAGACAGCUCGGGUUACACUGCUUUACACCAUGCGGCCUUAAAUGGACAUAAGGAAAUAGUUCUCAAACUACUUCAAUAUGAGGCAUCCACAAAUGUAGCAGACAACAAGGGUUAUUUCCCUAUUCACCUGGCUGCCUGGAAAGGAGAUGAGGAAAUUGUGAAGAUUCUUAUUCAUCAUGGGCCAUCGCAUUCCCGAGUCAAUGAACAGAACAAUGAGAAUGAAACUGCCCUACACUGUGCAGCUCAGUAUGGACACUCGGAAGUCGUGGCUGUUCUCCUGGAUGAGCUCACGGAUCCCACCAUCAGGAACAGCAAGUUGGAAACACCUUUGGACCUGGCGGCGCUUUACGGAAGGCUGAGAGUAGUCAAAAUGAUCAUCAGCGCGCACCCUAACUUAAUGAGCUGCAACACUCGCAAGCACACCCCACUACACCUCGCCGCACGCAAUGGCCACAAAGCAGUCGUUCAGGUGCUGUUGGAAGCAGGAAUGGAUGUGAGCUGUCAGACAGAAAAGGGGAGUGCACUUCAUGAAGCAGCUUUGUUUGGAAAGGUGGAUGUUGUGAGAGUUCUAUUAGAAACAGGAAUUGAUGCCAAUAUAAAGGAUAGCUUAGGGAGAACCGUCUUAGACAUUCUGAAAGAACAUCCAUCUCAGAAAUCUCUCCAGAUUGCAACACUCCUACAAGAGUAUUUAGAAGGCAUGGGAAGACCAGCAGUCCUUGAAGCACAUGUGCAGGAAUGUACAACACAGGAAACACACCUUUCAUCUCCUCUUGAGUCUCCUUCCCAAAAGACCAAAAGUGAAACUGUGACUGGAGAAUUAUCAAAACUCUUGGAUGAAAUAAAACUCUGUCAAGAAAAGGAUUAUUCUUUUGAAGACUUGUGCCACACAAUAUCAGACCACUACUUAGACAAUUUGAGCAAGAUUUCAGAGGAAGAACUUGGGAAAAAUGGAAGCCAGAGUGUAAGAACUUCAUCUACAAUAAAUUUGUCACCAGGAGAAGUGGAAGAAGAAGAUGAUGAUGAAAACACUUGUGGGCCCUCAGGACUCUGGGAAGCGUUGACUCCUUGCAAUGGAUGUAGGAACCUUGGCUUCCCUAUUCUUGCACAGGAAUCCUAUCCAAAGAAGAGGAAUUACACUAUGGAAAUUGUACCAUCUGCUUCUCUGGAUACGUUUCCUUCAGAAAACGAGAACUUUCUCUGUGAUCCCACGGACACAGCAGUUACCAAGAAACCCUGCUCCUUAGAAAUUGCAAGAGCCCCUUCCCCAAGAACUGAUAAUGCCUCUGAGGUAGCAAUUACUGCUCCAGGAACGAGUAACCAUAGAAACAGCUCUACAGGCCCAACACCCGACUGCUCACCUCCGUCCCCCGACACUGCCCUCAAAAAUAUUGUAAAAGUUAUUCGACCUCAGCCUAAACAACGAACCUCUAUUGUGUCUUCUCUGGAUUUUCACCGCAUGAAUCAUAACCAAGAGUAUUUCGAAAUCAACACGUCUACAGGGUGUACAAGCUUCCCUUCCAGCCCUCCUGUUAGUCCACCCACCUCUUCUGUGGGAACCGCAGAGGUCAAGAAUGAGGGAACUGGCCAUCCAGAUGACCUCUCUCAACAGGAGGACAGUGAUCCCCCAAAGGAAUAUGAUCCUGGGCAAUUUGCAGGCCUUCUCCAUGGAUCCUCUCCAGCCUGUGAGUCUCCUGAAAACCCAUUUCAUCUCUACAGGAAAAGAGAUGAACGUGAAGAAGGACAAGAUGAAAUCAUUUUGGCCAAGAAUCCUCUGUCUUUCAAGCAGUCUCCCAUAGAAAAUAACUCAGAGCCUUUGGUAAAGAAAAUUAAACCUAAGGUGGUCAGUAGAACAAUUUUUCACAAAAAACCCAACCAAGUCGAAAACCAUACCAUUGUUGGUACAAGAACAAGUAGGAGUGGAUCCCGGAAUGGGGACCAAUGGAUUGUGAACACGGGGGGAUUUGUGGAGAGAGCCUGCACCCUGGGGAGAAUCAGGUCAUUGCCAAAAGCCCUGAUUGACAUGCACUUAUCAAAAAAUGUGUCUAAGUCAGAUUCUGAUCUCAUUGCCUACCCUUCAACUGAGAAAACAUCGAGAGUUAACUGGAGUGAAUCUUCCACUACUGAACACAGCUCGAAAGGGAAUUCUGAAAGAACGCCAUCCUUCACCUCAGAAUGGGAAGAAAUUGACAAAAUAAUGAGUUCCAUAGAUGUUGGAAUUAACAGUGAACUUGAAGAAAUGAAUGGUGAGGCCACAAGACCCAGAUGCCCCGUCCAAACAGUGGGACAAUGGUUGGAAAGCAUUGGGCUACCUCAGUACGAGAACCACCUGAUGGCUAAUGGAUUUGACAAUGUGCAGUUUAUGAUGAGACCCAUUGGCCAUGAUGGCUACCAUCCCACCUCUGUCGCUGAGUGGCUGGAUUCCAUCGAACUAGGUGACUACACCAAAGCCUUUCUAAUCAAUGGCUACACGUCGAUGGACCUGUUGAAAAAAAUCUGGGAGGUUGAGCUUAUUAAUAUCAAAGUGCCCGUCACAAGCGUUGUAUCAGAAUCGGAAAACAUAGUCACUGUGGUUGAGACUUUGAGGCCUAAUUUCUCCAGCCUGGAGUAUAGCAUCUGCAUCUAA